GGGGGGGAAAAGCCAAAGGAAAACAAAACCUGGAGACACAGAAAAAGGCUCUAGGAAAAAGUUUUGGAUGGGAUUAUGUGGAAACUACCCUGCAAUUCUCCGCUGCCAGAGCAGGCUCAGUGCUGCCUUCUCCCCAGCGGCGCAGCCCGCGCCGGGCGCUGCUGAGAGACGCCCGGGCCUCGGUGCCGCGCCGCCAGUGCCUGCUGUGCCGGAGCCCCUCGCCCCGCCGGCCCAAUGCUCCUCCUCGGGCUGCUCCUGCUGACAUCUGCCCUGGCCGGCCGGAGGCAGGGGGCCGUCGCCGAGUCCGAUCUCAGCAGCAAGUUCGCCUUCUCCGGCGCCAAGGAGCAGAACGGUGUGCAGGACCCUCACCAUGAGAAGAUAAUUACUGUGACUACUAAUGGGAGUAUUCACAGCCCCAAGUUCCCACACACAUACCCACGCAACACUGUGCUAGUGUGGAGAUUGGUAGCACUUGAUGAAAACGUAUGGAUACAACUUACUUUUGAUGAAAGAUUUGGGCUUGAGGACCCAGAAGAUGACAUUUGCAAGUAUGACUUUGUAGAAGUUGAAGAGCCUAGUGAUGGCACUGUUUUAGGACGCUGGUGUGGUUCCAGUACUGUGCCAAGCAGACAAAUCUCCAAAGGAAACCAGAUCAGGAUAAGAUUUGUGUCUGAUGAAUAUUUUCCUUCUGAACCUGGGUUCUGCAUCCAUUAUACACUUCUUAUGCCACACCACACAGAAGCACCCAGCCCAUCCCUGCUGCCCCCAUCAGCCUUGCCCUUGGAUGUGUUAAACAACGCCGUUGCUGGGUUCAGCACCGUGGAAGACCUUAUCCGCUAUCUCGAACCAGAGCGGUGGCAGCUGGAUUUGGAAGAUUUGUACAGGCCAACGUGGCAGCUUCUUGGGAAAGCAUACAUUCAUGGGAGGAAGUCAAGAGUGGUGGAUCUGAACCUCCUGAAGGAGGAGGCGCGGCUGUACAGCUGCACCCCGCGCAACUUCUCGGUGUCGCUGCGUGAGGAGCUGAAAAGAACGGACACCAUCUUCUGGCCGCUGUGUCUGCUGGUGAAACGCUGUGGUGGAAACUGUGCCUGCUGUCAGCAGAGCUGUAACGAGUGCCAGUGUGUGCCAACAAAAGUCACUAAAAAAUACCAUGAGGUUCUUCAGCUGAAGCCAAGGAUUGGUGUCCGGGGAUUGCAUAAGUCAUUGACAGAUGUACCCUUGGAACACCACGAGGAGUGUGACUGUGUGUGCAAAAGGAAUACUGAAGGAUAAACAUGAUAUAAUUGUGCUGUUUUCUUUCAAAGCACAUUCAAUCAAUGGCUGAUUCUAUUAUGGGGCUUGUGCAUUAUCUCCUUCUGUAAUCUCAGUUAUUUGCUUUGGGGAUCUUCGGUCUCGAAGAUUUACAGUGAGCUCUAAAAAGAGGAGAAGCCAAACUGGGAUUAUAUGUUGUGUGACAGCUCUGUUUGGAGGCCCAGUGAAAGGAUGGGAGAAAGGCAUCAAUGAGGGAUUUAAAAUAUAUGUAUUGUUGUUGUUCCCCACAAUUUUCUUGGCAAUACAUGGAUUUAUAAUUUAGGAGUAAAAAAUAGAUUUAGAAGGCUGACAUCAUGGAGACUUGAUCCUGCUGGCUGUCUCGUUUCUACAGCUCGAGUACAUCUGGCCUCUGGUUGAAAACACCUGAAAUCUUUCUGUGUUCAGCUACUCCUACGUACUCUAAAUCAAAGCGUUCUCUGUUGUAUAAACUUGGGUUAAAACAGACUGUCUUUUUCCGAAUAAAAUUUAAUUUGUCUAA